AUGUCAGGUGGAAAUGGUGGAUUACCCAACAAUCUUCCAAUUCUUGAUGGCAAGAAUUGGGAAAGAUGGCAUAAACAGAUGAAGUUUUUGUUUGGUUUUCAAGAUACACUAGAGGUAGUUACCACUUGGGUGCCUGCAUUGCCUGCAAAUGCCAAUGCUGAGGCCAGAAACAAUCACAAAGACAUGAAGAAGAAGGAUUGCAAGGCCAUGUAUGCAAUCCAAGCUGCAGUGGAUACUGCAAAUUUUGAUAAGAUUUCCCAUGCUGAGUCUGCAAAACAGGCUUGGGAUAUCUUAGUAACAUACUAUGAAGGUGGAGCACAGAUGGAUAAGGCUGAUUCCAUUGGCUCUUAUGUUUCAAAGGUUCAAGGGUUGGUUCAUUCAAUGAGGUCCUGUGGAGAAGAGAUAACUGAAAGAAUGAUGGUGGAAAAGGUAAUGAGAACUCUAAUCCCUAGCUUUGAUCAUGUUGUAGUAGCUAUUCAAACAGCUGGUCAAGUGCCUACCAUGAAAAUAGAAAAUUUGGUUGGUACUCUCGAGGCACAUCAAUUAGUGAUUAAUGAAAGAAAGCAAGUACAAGAGACUGUACAAGCUUUGCAGGUUCAGUCAUUCAAGAAACAUGGUGGAAACAAGGGUAAAGGUAAAGACAAGUCCAAGAAUUUUUCACAAAAACCAGGAAAAUUUGAUGCUAAAUCUGAAUCCUUCAAGAAAGGAGGAGGAACAUCAAAUACACAGAAAAAAGACAAAAGUCAUAUUCAAUGCUAUAAUUGUGAAAAAUGGGGGCAUUAUGCAUCUGAUUGUAGAUCAAAGAAGGUGCAAUAUAAUGAUGAUGAAGCUAAUUUUGUACAAGACAAAGAGGAUAAAGAAGCUGUAACCUUCAUGGCAGCUAUAUCUGAUGAACUGUGUGAAACCAGUGGAGCAUAUGCUGCUAGGGUUAACUGUGUCAGUGGAGCAUAG